UCCUUAUGGAGGCAGCCAUUUUCAAACAAAUGCGCCACCUAUCGACCAUAAACCCAAUGGCGGAAAACGAAGUUUACGAGGUGGAAAACAUAUUGGAACAGAGAGAGGUUGAUGGACAACUGCAGUUUUUUGUCAAGUGGAAGAAUUUCAAUGAAGACUGGAAUACCUGGGAACCAGUAGACAAUUUGUUGGAAUGUUUUAACUUAAUCCUUGAAUUUCAGGAAAAGCAUCAUGAUACUACCAAAACAAAUGUUGAAAAGUCUAAACUUGCUAGAAAAGAGGCAUUAAAGAUUGUGAAGAAAGCUAAGCGAUUGAAUUCUGGAAGUGAUAAUAUCAAGAAAGCUUUACUGAAGCAUGCAGCUAUUGUAAACAAUGAAGAUGUAAGCCUUAACCUAUCAGUGGACACAAGUGUGCUUACAUCUACACCAUUUAAGAAGUCACCAAAAUCACCUAAAUCACCAAAAUCACCAAAAUCACCAACACAAUCACCAAAAUGUUCACCUCAACCCAGAAAGUUGGAAGAAGGGGUAUCUACACCUAUUACUACAACCAAAAGGACUCCAAAGAAACCAUCAAAACUGGAAGAAUAUUUUGAUCCAUCAAAAAUGUUUAUUAAAAGUUCUAGUAAAAUAUUGUCGAAUGGUGUUCAGAGUUCAAAGGUUAACUCUCCAAGUGUUUUAAGAACUUUACUUACCACUAGCCUCCCUAUUCCUACAAAACAAAGUAAAAUUAACAGUCCUUGUAUGCAUGCUAGUGUAAAACUUAAGAAAUGCACAGUGAGUUCAGUGACAUUAAACAGCAGCAAAACCACAGAUGCGUUGCAAAGUGACAAAGAAAGUGAACAAAUAAUUCAGAAUAAAUCUGAUAGCUCUCAGAAUGCUACAAAAAUAAAAAGAAAAUACACCAAAAGGUCUGAUCAGGAAUUACUGGGAGGAAAUAAAAAGAAAACCUCUAAAGUUGGAACCAAAGUUAAGAGUACAAGUUUGAAGAAUAAUCUUAAGAAAUCACUAGGAGGUAAAACUAUAAAGACAUCUGAUAAAAACUUUAAAAUGAAGAAAACUGGGAAUUUGUUGGUAGUUAAAAUGAGACCAGCUAUUAAGAAGGAAAAGAAAAGCGAAUUAAGUGCAUCAAGUCAGAGUGAGUGUUCUGAACCUGAAACAAAAGACAUAACUUUACAAGAUAUUAAUAACAGUGCAGCACAGGAAAAGGUCCAUACAGAGAAUCAGGCUUCUCAAGGAGAGAAGAAAAUUGUGAAGAAAAAAAUUGUAUCAUUGAAAAUAAAGAAAGAAAAGUUAAACAAAGAAGGCAAAAAGAAAGAGAAAAAAAUCAAAACAAAAGAUCCGACAGAUGGGAAAAAAAUAAAGAAACAAAACAUGAAUGAAGGGAAAAAAGUGAAAGUGAAAAAGAAAAACAAUGAAGAAGGAAAGAAAGAAAUAAAAGUAAAAGGAGUAAAGAGAAAGCUGGAAGAUUGUAUUGAAAUCAUUGACACUGAGUCUGAUGAUGAUGUACAAGUCAAAUUCUCUUUAUCUCCAAAAUCUAAGAAAGCUAAAACUGAUAAUUCACCAAAAAGACCUGAAAAUGAGAAAAAGAUGGAAAGUCCUAGCAAGAUAAUAAAAGAGAUGGGUAAAAAGACUCUGCAGGUGAAAGUUCGUCCAAUGGAGACGUCAUCAUCUCAUAUGAAGAAGAUGAGAUUGAUUGAUGCAGUAAAACCUCACACUGGAGCCUCGAAAUCAGCAAUUGUCAGACCAGUAUCACCAACUCCUGUGUUCACCUCAGUCAAGCCCAUUAUGUCUACUACACAUGCUCGACCCAUGGUUGCUAUGGAUGCACUUUGUGCCGAUGUACCAGCAGGGUAUCACUAUGUACCUGCUAUGAUCCCUAUUAGUCCUUCAUCAAUGUCAUACAAAAUGUUACUGGAUAGUCUCCCUUUCCAGUUCCACACAAAGAAGUCCAACAAGAAACGAGAAGAAGAAAUGAUGCGUGAAGAUGAUGUGGAACGAAGAAUGAGUGUCAGACAAAGUGAAUGUGCCUAUCGAUAUAAAGAAAUUGUUGUGAAAAAGUGUAACCGCUACACACAGAUCUGGUUAAAUACACAUUCAAAGUUAAAAAAUUGUCUUAAUCCUCAGGUAAUACAAGAAGUGGUGUCAGCUUUGAACUCAGCGAAGUAUGACGAUAGUAAUCUAGUCAUGUUCAGUGGUCUAGGGAAUGUGUUCUGUAGUGGUAUUGAUCUCACUUACUUGAUCUCAAACUCAAUGGAUAGGAAAAUGGCAGCAAGAAAAAUGGUGGAUGCUCUCAGGGAUUUCAUGAAAGCUCUCAUCACCUUUCCAAAACCUUUGAUAGCAGUAGUGACGGGAGCCGCCAUAGGUCUGGGGAUGACAAUGCUCCCGUUAUGUGACAUCGUUUAUGCCAGUGAUAAAGCUUCAUUCCAUCUACCAUACUCGCAGCUGUCACAAACACCAGAAGGAUGUGCAUCAUUUCUCUUACCUACCACGGUGGGAAUGGCCAUGGCUAAUGAAUUACUGAUUGGAGGAAGGAAGAUCACAGCUAUUGAGGCCUGUCAACUUGGUCUGGUAUCACAGGUGUUCUGGCCUACCAGUAUCAUGCAAGAAGUCAUACCCAGAAUAGAAAACAUGGCCCUGCAGUCAGGCAAGGCUUUAGAGACAACAAAAUUAUUGAUUCGAAGUCACCAGAGAACAAAAAUAGAACUAACCAAUGAAUCAGAGUGUAAUCUAUUAUUAGAGAGAUGGCCGUCAACGGAAUGUCAGAAGGCAAUAGAAAAUUAUCUGAACAAUGAUAACAACUUCUGUAUAUGAACAUUCUUGCAUUUAGGACAUAUUUAAUUGUAUCAGGAAGUUGUGAAACAAUUUACAGAAAAGGGGAGACCAUCAGUAUAUUGAUUACAUUGAUGGAUUAUCUCCCUUUUCAAUAAGGAAACCAAUCUGACAAAAGCUUUGGAAUAGCUGUCUACGAUAAAAGUCCUUGUCUCUACUUUAAUUCACUGCAUAAUGAAGUUAACAUGCAAUAUGUUAAGAAUAUUCCUAUAACUAAUAUACUUCUGGAAGUUGAGUUGACUUAUAUUGUAAAUAAGAUCAAUGCAAUGAACAGUAAAGCUCUGUAUUUGUACAUAUCAUUUGCCACCAUUUUUUUUAUCAAACAGGUUCUGUAUAUACAUGUACUUUUAAUUCUUAUUUCCGAAAAAUAAAUUCUUGGUCAAAUUUUCUUCAACCAUUUAAUAUUAUUUCAAUUAUUUUUUCCUUCUAUAAUGUAAGAGUUGUUCAGAAAUAUCUAGUCUGUAUUGUUUGGCUUUAAUGCUUUGAUGAAGAUUAAAAGCAGAGUUGUGUUUAUUAUAAUGAGUUUUUGGGCUUGUGUAUAAAAUAUAUAUGAUGUUUUGCAGCCAUAAAAUGACCUUUUUUAUAUAUAUUAAAUUGUGUUCAUUACAUGUAUCUACAAUUUCAUGUUAAGUAACAUACAAGUUUAUACAUAAGCUCAUUUGUACACCUAGAUUUGCAUUUUACUUUCAUAUAGAAUAAAAAAUCAAGUCUAAGUCUUAAAUGAUAAACUGGUAUAAGUACCUAAGAAUUAGAACAGAAUGAUAACAAUGUAAGGUAAAGGAAAUUCAUUCCACUACAUUCCCAUCAAAUAUUUUUCUGAAAUUUAAUUUGACCUGCAAAUGAUUAAAAUGAUGUUGUUUGAUAUAUGACAAUGAGGCGACAAACACAACAAUAUAAUGAAAAUAAAAACAUAUAAGGCCAAAUAAAAAUAUAUGUGUGGUUCCAGUUACCCUACCGUCCCUACUUUUUUGUCUUAAAAGUAGCCUUCCCUAAAGAUUUUAUUGUCAAUUUUCAUCAAGCACUGUUAAAGUCAGAAUAUUGCUCCCAUAGACUCAAUGUAAAAAAAAACAUAAAAUAAAAAAAAAUCCUUACCUGCCUAGCCUAACUUGUUUUCCGAUGUAACUGGAACCACGCAUACUAUUUUAUUUGGCCUAAAGAACAUAUCUGUUUCUGCGUAUUAAAUUAUUGAUUUCAUCAGUGUUAAAAAUAGAUGCUUUAAAUCAAUGGUAAUAUUCCCAAAACAUAAUAGAUGAUUGUACCUAAAAACCAGGAUGUCAAUGUAGGAUUGUUUUAGCUUUUUAUUAUGGUCAUAUUGUCAGUUUUGAAAUAUUUUUGUCUUGCACUUGAAAAGUAAUGGACCUCCAAUUCAGUAUUGUAUAGAUAAGUGUAAUUUGUUAUAUUCCCCAAUAAUAGGGUAUAGUUUUUAUUUUGUCCUAUUUUUUUCAUACUGCCAAAAUUGACUUUUAGUUAUGGUUAACAAUGAAAUAAGUUGUAAUUGAUUAACAUUAUUUGUUAUUCAGCACUAUGAAUAGAAGAAGUAGUGUUUGUAAAUAUAGAAUCAAACAAGGUAGUGAUUCAAACAGGUUGACUUUAAAAUUCCCAUUGUUAGGCUCGUCAUUGUAAAUGGACUGGUCCCUUGUAUAUUUUAGUAAUAAUUUCCUAGAGUUACACUAGUUACAUGUACUACACUGUGUCAGUGUAUUCAGUUAUUUAAUUUGUAAACUAGUCAUUUCGGGCAUUUUUUGUGUUAAUUAAAUCAUGUUUUGCAAAUAGUCCUUUGAAAAUUUGUUUUUAAAGAGUUUUCUUCAACAGCAAAUUCUACAAUUUCUACUGAAUUUUAAAGGUUUCUUAAAUUAAAACUAGCACCACCACCAAAAGUGUUCAUAUAUUUUCCAGAAUCCUGCAAUACUUACAGGUGUAAAAAUUAAAGAAAUAAAUGAAUGCAGAACUUUAUGAAAGAUAAGGAACAGGGUAACACAACAUUUGAGAUUCAUAUCAUAAUGUGUAAUUAAUUCAUUCAUAAAUCAACAAAGUCAGAAAUUCAUGCAUCAGGGAUUAAACAAAUAUUUUUUCCAUCUUUUUUAUUUUUAAAGUUAAGUUAUAAUUAGACAAAAUGGUACUGUUUCAUUUAAAAAAGAAAUAAGUACUUUGCUAUAAUACAAUUAUUAGAAAUUUUUGUUGAGACUUCUUUUUUUCUUUUAGAUUGCCCCAAAGUAAAAUUCAGAUGUAUAACAUACAGGCACAUUAAGUUUGAAUGUUGUCCUCUGUAAGAUAGAUUUCCCUUUCAGAUACACUGAUAUCUGGCUUGUUGAAUAAGUUGAUCCUUCCAUGCAUUAUAAAUCAGGAAAACAAUGUAGCCUAUGUCAUAAGGGACACAUGAGAACAUCUGACAUUGUUUUCCAAUUCUUAAUUUACUUUAAAGAUUCCUCCAUAAGUGUUCAUUGUAAUUAUUUCACUCCGUCUUUAUUUAUUGUCAUAAUGUGUAGUUUUAGUUAUUUAUGGAUCUGUGUAUUGUAUUUUUUCCUUAUUUAAUCUGUAAUAAAAUGGAAAAUAUAA